CUAUUCUUUUCCCCAAUUCUCUGCCGUUGCCCCGUCGUCCUGUCGCCGUCGCCGCCGGUCCACUUCUUGUUCUCUUUAUUUUGUUCUCCCACCUCCUCCUCAAUCCUCUCCCUUGACCCUUCCCCAUAUAGAUUUUUUGUUCGAACGACACCAGACCUGCCAAGUGUUUUGAAGUGAAACAGAAGUAAGGAUGAGGAAGCUAAAGUUUCACGAGCAGAAGCUUUUGAAGAAGGUCAACUUCUUAGAAUGGAAGAGAGAAGGAGGUCAUAGAGAAGCUCAAGUAAUGCAUCGCUAUCACAUCACUGGACGGGACGAUUACAAGAAGUAUUCGAGCUUGUGCCGGGGUGUUCAGAAGCUGGUCAACAUGUUGAAGAAGAUGAACGACAAAGACCCUUUUCGAUUGGAAAUGACCGAGAAGCUCCUCGAAAAGCUGUACAAUAUGGGCGUGAUUCCAACCCGACAGAGCUUGAAUUUAUGUGAUCGCUUGUCAGUGUCAUCCUUUUGCAGACGGAGGCUAUCGACCGUGUUGGUACGGUUGAAGUUUGCCGAGCACUUGAGGGAAGCUGUUACAUACAUUGAGCAAGGGCACAUUAGAGUUGGUCCCGAGACAGUUACUGAUCCAGCAUUUCUCGUUACAAGGAAUAUGGAGGACUUCAUAACAUGGGUUGAUUCAUCAAAGAUAAAGAGAAAGGUUCUACAGUACAAUGAUCAGUUGGAUGAUUACGAUGCCAUUAAUUGUUGAGUUGCUGUCCAAGUUUUGUUUCUUUUUCACGUCAUCCUGUAUGAAUCUUUUCUCUGUCACUCUUAAUGAAAUGGCUAAUGAAUGUAGCGUGAGUUUUCCCAUUUC